AUGUCCCCCCAAACAGAGGGGUGGAACAGAAGAAGUACACCAACUAGAAGAGAAAAAAUGGGCACUGCCGCUUUAAACAGGCAGAGACCCAGGAACGAGCCAUGCACCCCCGCGUCCGACCACGUGGUCGCGGGGAAAAGUGCGGUCGGGAGCAGAGGCUCCCGCAGCAAGAGAGAAGAGCUCCCUGCUCUGCCUCCACGCCGCUCGGGUGAAACAACGAACCGGCGAGCGGGAACGUGGGUAGGGCAGGGAGCCAGGCGAGGAUUCCUGCUUGGCGGACGAAGCCGGCGGGCGCGAAUCAACACCAGGAACACAAGGGACCGCCGGAGUCUUACCCCGCGGUCCCGGCGGUCGGCACGGGAGGCGGUCGGAAGACCGUUUCUCGGCGACCGCGAGCACACAGAAAAACAAAACUCAAGAGAAUAA